AUGCUCCCGCCAACACACCUGGAGGCCUGGGAGAUGAGGCCGGGUGCCGUGGAUGCCAUGGGAGGCGACGGAUGGACGGCGCUGGCAGGUUUCCCAUGUGUGCCAGACCUCAGUUUUUGUGCCAAGGGACCUUUUUGCCGAUCUCCAAAUUUUCAAGCGAUGUUCAAGCUGUUGGCCAAGAAGGUGCUCCCUGAUCGGGUGAGCGGAGACAUGCAGAUGGUGGGAGAACACAUCGAUGGUGGAGUCCUUAGCCGAUUUCGUCGCGCAGAUGAAGAGAUGGUGCUGGUCCUGAGAAGCCUACAAGGGAGCACCAAGACCUUUGUGGCCCGGCCAGGGCAGCAGUGGCAGCUUUUGGGACCUGUGGAGGAUGCACGCAAAGCUCGUGUGACCUGCUUGGGCAACAUUCGCAGAAGUGCCACGGCGCAUCGGAUGAUGGCUCUGGGUCACCGUGGUGGACUGGUGUCGCUGUGGCAAUUCGAGGGGGCGUCCCCUUGGAAGGAGGUUGGGCAGAUGAAGGUUUCUCACCAUGACUGGGAGAGCGUAACCCUGGCAGUGCUGAGCGAGGAUGGCAGCCUGCUGUUGGCAGCGAGCCAGGACAACGUGAUGCUGUUCUCCCUCCCCGAUGACAACGAAGCCGUUGAGCUAAAACAUCUCCAUGGAGGGGCUUCGCAGAUCUCUGCGGCUUCCAUUGCAUCUCUGCCGGGCGCGGGGAAGCUGGUGGUCCUGGCGUACCAACGGGGUGGCCUAGAAGGCGCGAGGCUGGAUCCAGUGGAUCCAGUGGAUCCUCCUUUGGUCCACGUGGCGUGGAACAUCCCCAGGGACGGAGUCAUGGUCAUUAGUUGCCUGGAGCCUUGGCACCAGGGGGUGGAUCAGGAGCUCCCUGCACUGAUGCUGGCCGCGGGUGAUGCCUCUGGCAGCGUCACAGUCUGGUCCUUGACGGCUGCCGGGGACCUGGCCUCGCCCAAGGGCUCGGGCCGCUGGUCCGGGAUGGCCUCUAAACGCUGGCCCAAGGGGCAACCGGUGGCAGGCUUGCGGCUUCUGCACAUCAAACCUGCGCUGGUGGGCAUCCUUCGCUAUGGACAGCAGAAGGCGCAGUGGCUUUUGGCUGUCGCCUCGGGCAAGGAUGUGAUCGUGCUGGAUGGUUUGACCGGACAAGAGAUUCACCAUGGAGUGGCAAAGCAACCACACCUGGUGCAAGCGAUGGAGUGGCGCUGA